AUGACUGGUAUAUGCUCAAAUCCUAAAGACACAUCCAUCAACAAACACUCGCUCAAUGGAGUCGCGAACACCAAAUUCUACGUAAUCCCAGGCUUGUCUAGCCCUAGCUCCAGAUAUGGUAGCUCAAUACCUAUGCCACCUCGUCAUCCCCAACCAGAGGAGGAAGAUGAGGAAGAAGGAGAAGACCCGGAUGAUGAGCCUCAGAUGAUGGAGCAGUCUGCGCCUGAAGGUCUCCAUGAUGCUGCCAAAGCCAUCGCCGUCAUGGUCAUUGCUCAGAUUCUGGAUGUUCUUGAUCUGGUUCUCAAUCAGACAUUCGAUUGCUGCAUGACGCCUGAUUUACAAGUGUAUAAGGGCAACCCCGCACAAUGUCAGGACCUCCAAGGAGAACCGCAGAUGAGUCAGUUCCAAGUUCUGCUCAUCACAUACGAGUACAUCAUUAAGGACCGACCUAUUCUCAGCAAGCUCAAAUGGGUGCACAUGAUCAUCGUUGAGUGGGUUUGA